AUGGAUCUUUUGGGCUCAAUUUUGGACACGAUGGAGAAGCCGCCGCAGACGACGAGUAAACAAGAAGCGUUGAUGAAAAAGCAAAAGGAGGCGCUUAAGAAGCUACACGAGCAGGAGAAGGACAGAUUGAAGAAGUUCCGUCUUGGGAUUGAGCACAAGCUAAUGACCUUUAUUAACGACAAUGAAGCGCAGAAGAUAGAGUUUGAGCCGAUGGAAAAGAUACAUCGUACUGUGAUCCACGAUAUCGCUGAUCGCCAUGAUCUGGUGAUCUUUUCAUUCGGCAUUGAAGGAAUUGAUCGCCACAGUGUUGUCUACAAGAAGGAGUUUAGACCCACAGAGGAGGAACUGGAAAGCUUGCAAAAGGGGGAUUCAUAUGACCGAAAGUUGCAAGAACUUCGAGAGCAAAUG